GUCUUACGGCAUCUCAUGGCACAAGGGCUCUCGUGGCAGGAUGGCAUCACCCAGUAUGUGAUCUCGCAGGAGAUGGAGCGUAUCCCCCGCCUCCGCCCGCCGCCCUCGCUGGAGUCGGCAGCAAGGGACAGGUUCCUGCCCCUCCGCAGCUCCCCCCGGCGAGCCCCGCUCCCCGCAGACCCCAGCCUGCCAGCGCCUCAGCAUCUGGGGCAGACCCAACUGCUGCUGCCCGCCCCCCUGGUGCAGCGGUACCUGGAGCACCUCCUGCUGUCCCCCCCGCCCCAGCUGGGCUACGAGGAGGCUCUGCUCAACCCCUACUCCUACCACAAGUUUGGCUACCAGGAUGGCGCUCACCAGCUCCCCAGUGGCUCAGCCAGGCAGAGCCCCGAGACCUCCUCGCUGCUGGGCCGGGUCCCUGCCCAGGCCCUUUUUGGGGCCGGCCCUGUGCCCUCCUAUGGCAAGCAGCCAGGAACGGAUGGGGGGCAUCUCUUCCACGACUUGGGUAUGCUCUCCCUGCCCAGAGAGAAAGCCGGCCGCCCGGACCCCGCUGGCACCAGGCUCCAGCACAGCUUGCGGCUCCCCAGUGACUACAGGGACACGGAGGAGAGGGAGCAACCAGUGCCCCUGGCUGCCCAGCCACCCCCUGCACCGACGGACGCUGCCCUGAGGAGACUGGCCUCCCUGCUGGCCAGCUACGGCCUGGGGCUGCCGGAGCUGAGCCCCCAGCAGCUGAGCAGCCUCUCCGCCCUCCUCCAGCUGCUCCAGAGCUCUGGUGUUGCUGGCCCCGAAGCGCCCACAGCGAAACGGGUGACAGAGGGGGACAUGCAGCAUGGAGACGAGCCAGUGCCCCCUUCCUCCACAGUGCCGCCCCCCAAAAUCCCAACGAGCAGCUCCCCAGGCGACAGGCCGAGGGGCAGGGCAGUGUCCUCGCCAGCCCCCCAGGCAGAGCCGCAGCGGGGACGUGGGGGGGACACACUCAUCCCCGGGAAGCCAAUUGCAGUGGAGAAGAAGAGUUACACGGAGGCGAAGGAUGGUGGGGUGCAGCGGGGCACGCGGCCACCAGAUGAGUACGGCUACAUCGUCACAGACCAGAAGCCCCUGGGGCUGGCCGCUGGCGUGCGGCUGCUGGAGCUCCUCGCCAAGCGCCUCCACCUCUCCACGGCCAGCUUCAUCAACAUCAGUGUCGUGGGCCCCGCGCUCACCUUCCGCAUCCGGCAGAACCCCCAGAACCUCUCGCUGGCAGAUGUGGCCAGCCAGGCUGAGCAAGUGAAGGCAGAGCUGGAGGCAGAGCUGGGCCUGAAGAUUGUGCAAACAGGAGUGGGAGAGCGAAAUGAGGCUGCUGCCUACUCGCGCCCAUCCCGCUUCGGGGACGGCUUCCACUCGGUGCUGCUGACCUUCAUCGCGCUGGCCUGUGUGGCUGGCAUCGCCAUCGCGGUUGCUGCGGCCUUCUGCCUCCGGCGCCAUGCUAAGCAGCGGGAAAAGGAGCGCCUGGCUGCCCUGGGGCCCGAGGGUGCUGCCGACACCACCUUUGAGUACCAGGAGCUGUGCCGCCAGCACAUGGCUGCCAAGUCUCUCUUCGGCCGUGCUGAGGCACCGGUGGCGCCGGCAGAGACCUCACGGGUCAGCAGCGUCUCAUCCCAGUUCAGCGACGCCCCGCAGCCCAGCCCCAGCUCCCACAGCAGCACGCCAUCCUGGUGUGAAGAGCCCGUCCAGUCCAACAUGGACAUCUCCACCGGACACAUGAUCCUGGCCUAUAUGGAGGACCACCUCCGCAACCGGGACCGGCUGGCCAAGGAGUGGCAGGCUCUCUGUGCCUACCAGGCUGAGCCCAGCGUCUGCUCCAUUGCCCAGAACGAAGCCAACCUGAAGAAGAACCGCAACCCCGACUAUGUGCCCUAUGACCACGUGCGGAUCAAGCUGAAAGCUGAGAGCAACCCGUCCCGCAGUGACUUCAUCAAUGCCAGUCCGAUCAUCGAGCACGAUCCACGGAUGCCGGCGUACAUCGCUACACAGGGGCCGCUGUCCCACACUAUCGCUGACUUCUGGCAGAUGGUGUGGGAGCACGGCUGCACAGUCAUUGUCAUGCUGAGCCCGCUUGCAGAGGACAGCGUAAAGCAGUGUGACCGCUACUGGCCAGACGAAGGCUCCUCUCUCUAUCACAUCUAUGAGGUGAACCUGGUGUCGGAGCACAUCUGGUGUGAGGAUUUCCUGGUGCGCAGCUUCUACCUGAAGAAUGUGCAGUCACAGGAGACCCGCACCCUGACGCAGUUCCACUUCCUCAGCUGGCCGGCCGAGGGCAUCCCCGCCACCACCCGGCCCCUCCUCGACUUCCGCAGGAAGGUGAACAAGUGCUACCGGGGUCGCUCCUGCCCUAUUAUCGUGCACUGCAGUGACGGUGCAGGCAGGACCGGGACAUAUAUCCUCGUUGACAUGGUCCUGAACCGAAUGGCCAAAGGGGUGAAGGAGAUAGACAUAGCUGCUACGCUGGAGCACAUCCGAGAUCAGCGGCCUGGCAUGGUGCAGACCAAGGACCAGUUUGAGUUCGCGCUGACAGCUGUGGCCGAGGAAGUGAAUGCCAUCCUGAAGGCGCUGCCGCAGUGA